AUGGCUUCGCUAUUACUUAACGCUGUCAGACUCAGCCGGACACAGGGCAUCCGGUCUUCGCAAAUUCGCUUCGCAUCCACCACUGCGGCUGUUGCUGAGAAAUCUGGACAAGUUGCAAAAAGCGUCCAAAACUUGGUCACCAAAACUACAGCUCUUAGAAAACCCAUCCUCUACAAUGCUGCAGUCGUGAAGGAACUUGUAAAGGAAGUUUGGAAGAGGGAAGACCUUUCGCCUCCUAGUCUUGCGCAAAUAGAAGAAGCACGUACUUAUCUUCAAAAAACAAUACGUUGGAAAUAUAUCAAAUCACUGAGCCUAUACGAUUAUGCGAGAAUUGGUAUACGCUCAGUAGAAGUAGCUGGAUUCUUCUUCAUCGGUGAGGUCAUCGGUAGACGAUCACUCAUCGGUUAUAAUGUCUAG